CAGCUGCUGGACCUUGAAUACCAAGCAAGACGGGCUUACAUUGACUCUGAUGUUAUGAAGGAGCACGACAGACCUACCAAGAUUCUUCAAGCAUAUCCCUGCUUCAGAGAAGUGGAUCAUAUAAUGGAUGAACUGCAGCGGAUCCUCAAUCAAGGAAACCCCCACUUCAUAUCUGAACUGAAGAACCGCUGGAGGACCUUUUGUGAGAAGAUCCAGUUUUAUGGAGUUUUCAAAAAAGUCAUGAGACCUCCACUGGCAGAUAAAGUAAAGCAAGCGGUUGCGAUGAUGAAGGCUUUGCCAGACAUCUUCCCAUCACCCACUGUUCCACCCAAGAAGUUGGGGCAUGCAAGUGAGGCCAUGCUUCACAUCCUUGAGUCUGUGGAAGACCCCAACACCUUUCUGAAUGCAAGACCACUCUCCAGCCCUGUGGUGAUCGUCUGUGAGAGCAACUGCAUUCUGGCCAUCGGAACCAUGCCUGUGCUGAUCUUCCCAAAGGAGGACAUCUCUGACAGUGCGAUGUACAUCAUGGCAUGCUACUACACCUUUCACCUCACAUACCCCAAGUGCUUAGCCACACUCCUCUCUGUGCUGCAGACAGAAGUCCUCAUGGAUGCCAUCCAUGACCAAGACAUGACUUCUUCAUAUAAAAAAGCUAUGGCUGAGUGGAGGAAGUUCACUGAGUAGGUUUGUACAUUGACCUCCAGUUCCAGUAAGUGUUGGAUGAGCCGGUUUGUUCAGGUCUCAGCGGUCUCUGCGUUUGUUCAGGUCUCCUAAUACUCUUUCACAGCACUUUCUUGUGUAGAAUGUUUUUGAUACAGUUUACAUAGCUGUUUUCACACUGUUUAUUCAGCCUUUCGAUGACCAGUAAGUGUAAUGUUUUAC